CCUGCCGGCUGCAUGGAAAAGUGCAGAGUUUUGGUUUGGAUUGAUUAACCAAAUGGUUUUAUGUAAACGCGGGUAAUCCCAUCUCAGAACAUCAGGGUACUUCUGCUUGACCGUCUCUGACUGGGUUGGACCUUUGUUUUAUUUUUAAUCAAAAGCUAUGGAUAUUUAAAAUGUUAACUGGUAGCUGAAUCAAUGCUAUAAUGGGAAAUAUCUGUGGAAGUUUCAAGCUUUUAUCUGUAAUGGUUCCUGAUAUAUUGUUCUUCAAAUUGCCUCAAAUUUCUGUGUAAAAAAAAAAGCUACCUAAAGUUUAAAAACAGCAAAAAUAAACCCAUGAAAGUAUUUGAUAUAUAAAGCUAUAGUCCAUAUUUUAUGCUAUGAAAAUUUUGGACAAAUCAUGGAUGGUCAAGCAGAAACUGACAGACAAACCCACAAAUAUACAGUCUGAAAGUCAAAGGUGGCAACUUCACAAUGAUAUCAUAGAAGAACCUUUUGGCAAGAAGCUCUUAAAAGAACCAUUUAUUCUUUAAGAAACCCCCAAAAGUGCUUCAAGGAAAUAUUUCGCGAAAAUAUUUUCUUUGAGAGACCAUUUUUCUAAUAGAGUUCUUUGCAGACCCAUCUGGUUCUAUUUUUCUGACCAGACUUGAUAUCUAAUUUUUAAGCAGGAAAGUCAAAUGUUAGAAUUUGCACCAUUCUGGUUUCUUUCUAGUAAAACCUAAUUGGGGUUUUCUGAUGUUUAUAGGACAAAUGACUAAUCAGUAAUGAAACUAGCAGUUAGUUGCAGCUCAAUUGCUUGCGACCAAAUCAAAUAACCUUUAAUCGUAGGAGCUUCAGCAAGAAUCAACUGGACUUCUCUUGUAGGCUGUUGAAGAUGUUUCACCUUCAUCCAAGAGGCUUCUUCAGAACAGUAAUAUUCUCUAUAUUCUGGUACUCCGCAUCAGUCAGUUAGAACUGAAGAACUGUCUUGGAUGAAGGUGAAACGUCUUCAACCUACAAGAGAAGUCCAGUUGAUUUUUACUGAAGCUCCUACGAUCACCAUGACCUGGAUGGCUGAGAAUCUUCACAGACUAAUAACCUUCACUUUUGAGAACUACCUAAAGUACCCAAAGAAAGCGGUUCUUCAAUUGGUGUCGACACUUUGAAGAACUAGAGAUUGUUGAUCUGUAAAUAUAAGAACUGAACUAGUCAAAGACGUAGUUGCUUUAGUAAAUAUUCUGAUAUAUUUCUAAGAACUAGAACAGUUUCAAAACUCCCAACAUGCGCAAGGAUUCCAAGUUUUUGCGGCAUUUGACUUUUGAUUUGUGAGAGUGGAUGAUCACCUCCUGCACCCUUAACACCUCCUUGCCUGCUGUGUGUCGGUACUUAAACAGAUUUUGACGAUGAGCUAAAACCUUUAAACCUUUGAACCUUCAGUCUCGGAGCAUCCCAUCCGAGGCGCCAAACUCAGAUUGGCUCUCAGGGACGAGCUGAGGACCAUCCACGAGAAGAUGGAGGCCAAGAGGAUCGCUCGCAUUGCGCUGGCCGAGAUCAGGGCCUUCCUCGCCGAGGAAGAGGAGGAGAGGGAGGCGGCCUGGACGAUGAAGAUGAAGACACUGGAGGCCGCCGAAGAGAAGCUGAGGGAGGAGAGGAGGAAGGAGGCAGAGAGGAUGGAAAGGGAAAAGGCAGAGAAAGAGAGGAUGGAAAAGGAGCAAAGGGAGAAAGAGAGGAUGGAAAAGGAGCAAACGGAGAAAGAGAGGAUGGAAAAGGAGAGGACGGAGAAGGAGAGGAUGGAAAAGGAGAGGACGGAGAAGGAGAGGAUGGAAAAGGAGCAAAGGGAGAAAGAGAGGAUGGAAAAGGAGCAAAGGGAAAAGGAGAGGAUGGAAAAGGAGCAACGAGAAAAGGAGAGGAUGGAAAAGGAGCAAAGGGAGAAAGAGAGGAUGGAAAAGGAGAGGACGGAGAAGGAGAGGAUGGAAAAGGAGCAAAGGGAGAAAGAGAGGAUAGAAAAGGAGCAAAGGGAAAAGGAGAGGAUGGAAAAGGAGCAACGAGAAAAGGAGAGGAUGGAAAAGGAGCAAAGGGAGAAGGAGAGGAUGGAAAAGGAGAAGGCAGAGAAAGAGAGGUUAGCUCGAGAGAAAGCAGAAAAGGAAAGACAAGAGAUGGAGAGGCUGGCUAAAGAAAAGGCUGCCAGGGAGGAAAGAGAACGACUGGAAAGACAACGGGCGGAGAAGGAAAGGAUGGAGAGAAUCGCUAAAGAAAGGGAGCGAAUAGAACGAGAGAAGGUGGAGAAGGAAAGAUUGGAGAGGGAGAGAAUCGCCAGAGAGAAGGAACGUCAAGAAAAAGAACGAAUCGCUAGAGAACGAGCAGAGAAAGAAAGACUGGAGAGGGAGCGCAUCGCCAAGGAAAGGGAACGGCUGGAGAGAGAAAGACUCGCCAAAUUAAAGGCUGAGAAAGAAAGGUUGGAAAGAGAAAGACUGGAGAGAGAAAGGGUUGCCAAAGUGAAAGCAGAGAAAGAAAGACUGGAAAGGGAAAGACUGGAGAAGGAAAGGAUGGCGAGAGAGAAAGCAGAGAAAGAAAGACUUGAGAAGGAACGCAUCGCUAAAGAAAAGGAAAGACUUGAGAAGGAAAGGAUCGCCAAAGAAAGAGCAGAGAAAGAAAGAUUGGAAAGGGAAAGACUGGAAAGAGAAAAGGUCGCCAAAAUAAGAGCAGAGAAAGAAAGAUUAGAAAGGGAAAGACUGGAGAGAGAAAGGGUCGCCAAAAUAAAAGCAGAGAAAGAAAGAUUAGAAAAGGAAAGACUGGAGAGAGAAAGGGUCGCCAAAAUAAAAGCAGAAAAAGAACGACUGGAAAGGGAAAGACUAGAGAGAGAAAGGAUGGCUCAAGAGAAAGCAGAGAAAGAAAGAUUAGAAAGGGAAAGACUUGAGAAGGAAAGGAUUGCCAAAGAAAGAGCAGAGAAAGAAAGGCUUGAGAGGGAACGCAUCGCCAAAGAAAGAGAAAGAAUCACAAAGGAGAAGAUGGAGAGAGCAGUGAAGGAGAAAGAAGAGAAGGAAAGAGCAAGAAUCGCCCAGGAGAGAUUGGAGAAUGAGAGAGCUGAGAGAGAAAUGGCAGCCAGAAGGGAGAGGAUGGAAAAGGAGCAAAUGGCGAAGGAGAAGUUGGAGAAGGCGUCCAGAGAAAAGGAGGUCACGGAGAGGCAGCGGCUGCUCGAACAAAACGCCGCCAAACCAAACGUCUCGCAGCCGAAAGCUCCGGCGGCGGCGAACAUGGCGGCAGUCAGGAGAGAGAGGAGCGUCGGAGAGAAGAAGAAAUGAUGUCAUGAUGCGAAGAGAUGACCUCACAAACGGUGCUAGGACUCUAAUUGGUCGCUUAGAGAAAGAGUAGUUUUAAAGACCGUUGAACUCGAAACAGUUCAUGUGUGUUCUUUUUUGUUCCAUAAAAAUUUAAAAAAUGGGAAUUUGUUUGAUUUUUUUUUGGGUGUUGUCAACUAAAAAAUGGAGGUUCCCCAAACGACUUUACAUCUUUAAUUAGUUUCCUUGGCGUCUCCUGUCUGCUCUGUAUAAACAUUGCCUGCAGUUCAGCCAAAAAGUCUGUAAAUUCACAGCUGAGUCACUAAGGACUUCUUAGUUGAACUGAGAAGCACAUUUUUUUGUAAUUUAUAUUUUACAGAAUCUUGUCAAUGCAAAUGGCACAUUUAUUUCAAUUAGACAUGUAGAAUAAAAUGGCUUUCAUGAAAAACUAUGAUAGAAACUACUCAGCAGCAGCUUCCCUAAUUUCCUUUAGUUUAUAGAUGAUUAAUUAAAAUAGCAGCUGCUGUUGAUUUGCAUGACUUUGUUUUACUUUUUGCUUUUUUGCGGAUAAUCAAAAUUAGUAGCAGUUAGUAGCUGCACAUGAAUUUAUUAUCAAUCAUAAAGGAUGAGAAGGUCUAUAAUUUGUGAUCUUUCACUGGUCUUAAAAUAGAUAAAUAAUCUGUAAAGUUCCAUCUAAACAUGAACUCUCUUUGUGUUUGUUUUUUUCUUUGCUUGUGUCUCAUUUUUCUUCACUGUUGGUUCAGUUUUCAAUCUAAAGUCCUGCAGCUUUAUGGAAACAAAAACUUCUUUGCUUUUUUGCCUUACAAAAACUGAAAUAAUUUCAGUUUUGGACAAUUGCUCAUUUUUGACAAAUUUUAAUCCAGUUUUGAGUCUCUGCUCAUCACCAGUAGAAAGAUGUUUCACCAUGCUGAAUGUAUCUCCAACAACUUGCUGCUCUGUUCACUGUUUCUGAGCCAUGCUGCUUUUAUUUAGUGAUGUAGUAAAGGGUUUUUUUUUUUUGCUCUCAGUCUCUCUAUGGAAACACUGCCUGCAGUUCAACCUGAAACCUAUUCUGUUCUAAUCAAAUGCCGUAAAAAUAAUAAACAUGACCUCCGAACUCCUCAGCACAAUGUGAUAGACGUUUGUAGAGUUUUCAGGUUGAACUGCAGGUAGUGUUUCCACAAUGGUUUAUUUUUGUGAAUUUUUAAAUGAGACCUGUAGAAUAAAGUGAUUUUAAUGAAA